CGUUCAGCCGCUGCACUGUAUCCUCCUUGUCGCCGCUGCUCGUCGACCGUGACGCGUUCACGGAACCCGCAGUCGUGGUGACAACCCCAAUGAAGAAGGACAACUAAGUGCCCGCAGUAUUUUUUGUACCGACAACCUGCUGGAAAUUUAAAAAGAGUGAAAGUUUGUGAGUGAGGUAAGUGUGGGUGCUGAAGAAUCUUCCACAGGAUAUCAGCACAGCUAUUGAUAUUGAUAUUAUUAUAUUGAUACAUAUUUACAUACCUGGUAAUAAAGUAGGAAGUGUGAUCGAUGAGAAGCGCGGUCGUGAAUUCGGUUCACGAGUAUGUAAUAUGAUAAGACGUGACACGACGGGCCUGAGUGUCCGGGUUGGGUUGAAGAGAUGUUGGAGUGGUUGGCGCAAUCUGGAGGCACUCGGCUGAUCUGUCUUAUCAUUGUCCCAUGGUUCCUCCUGGGACACCAGGUCCAAGGGGGCCCGGACCCCCCGGAACUGACUACUCUUGAAGCCGUACCUGAUCGUGGCGUAAAAAAAUUCGGAGAUGAGUGCAAAGAAGACCGAGAGUGUGGGUUCGACGGGUCAUUUUGUGACCCGAGAAGUAAAAGAUGCUACUGCCGAGAAGAAUAUCCUGUAACGAAUCAUAUAGACAAGUGUGGAAUUCCUGCAAAUGUGAACGAGUCAUGCUUUUUUACCGAACAAUGCGAGGAAAAGGUAUCGCAGACAGAAUGCCGAGAUGGACGUUGCAUCUGCAUAUUCGAGAAAAUUCCAGUUCUCCAACCGGGAGGAGUUUUCGAGUGUAUCGCGGAGGUGAAGGAAGAAGAAAAUUUGCGCUACACGGAUCCAGCGAUGAUAGGAAUUCUAGUGGCGAUGGCUCUCAUGUUCAUAAUAAUCUGUGUGGUCCUAAGACUCUUCAGCAAAGCUCGCUGGCGUGAAAACCGUACAAUAUUCAACACUCCGAACGCUCGUCUGAUGAACGUCUCGCUGCUUCGUGACAACAACAAGCUACUUCACGCUCAGGAGCGACGCGGGUCGAGAGCGAGUCAACGAGGACCCUCGAGGCAACCUUCCAUGGCAUCUCUGAGGGCCCACUCACCCAAUGGCUCGCAGCAAGGUGCGAAAAACACACAGCGAGUGAACCGGUCUCGUACAGGGUCACGCAGGGGAAGCCGCGGCAGCAGCGGGAACGCCUCAUCAAUAUCAACAGCGAUAAGGGUCAACAAAUCGCCACCCCAUCAUCCCAACACCCUGAACGAUCCAGUAAUCGAGAGCGUCACCGUUGAGAUCACCGAGGCCAGGGCGUAGAAGACAUCCUCAUCCUACCAGUCUGCACUGUUCACCGUCUGAAAGCAUUCAUCGUGCUCUUUUUACUAACUUAUAGGCAACAAGACGUUACUACUUACAUUAACUAGCUACUAAAUAAUUAUAACAAAUCUCACAUUAAAAAGUUGCCCUUUUAUUAUUUUUAAAAAUUAUUUUUUAAGUUCCAAGUUUUGAAACAAACACUUUUUUAAAUUUAAGGGCAAGUCACUUGGACAAAAUAUUUAUUACUGUUAUAAAAAAAAAAAAGAUACUUUGGUAUACUCUAACGAAAGUUUGUUUGUGCCGUCUUUAAGCUAAUCAAAUCAAGUAUUAACGUUAGAUAUAAAACGCUACUAUACAUAAAUAAUAAAACUAUUAUAAAUUUAAUUAUUUAUAUAUAUAUAAAUAUCAAGUACAACGCUUUAGAUCUAUUCGUAAUGUCUCACGUUGGAGCUAUUGAAGACAAAAGUAUUAUAGACAAUCGGAUUGAAAUAAUUAUUUCGAUGCAAUAAAAUAAAAUUGCAUUUAAUUAUUUGAGGGUUGAUAAAAGAUGUGGAUCACAGAACAAGACGCACGAACGGGGACCACACGAAAAUAAUUAUUCGAAUAAUCACCAACUUUAUUAAAGACAAUGCCUGUAAUAAUAUUAUUACUCUUCAUAUAACUAAACGUAAUUCUUAAUAAUAUUAUUAUAAUUGUAUUUAUUAGUAUUAUUAUUAUUAUUAUUAUUGUAUCUAUUAUAUUAUACUAAACUAUUUGAUAAACUUGUUUCUAUAUUCAAUAUAAAAUGGCACUUAUCAAAUAGAAUCUACGGUGACAGAGGAAGAUAUAGUCUUGUGUCGGACGCAAUAGCUAUAAAAUAAAAUUUAGUUAAAAAGACGCUAAUUAUUUAUUAAGACACGAACGUAGGAACAAAGUGUAGUGAUAACUUUGGAUCUUUAUACACUCAACAAUCUAGUGAAGAUAUUUAAAUAAUAUAUUAUAUUAAUUAUUACCGAGAUAAAUUAUAUUAUAAAGGUAAAUAUUUACAAUGCACGUUAAUAAAUUUACACGUGAGAUUUCUAAUAGAUUCCUUUUUUUCUAUAAACUAUAUACCUGAUCUAUGGAGUUAGCAAUUAUAAAGUGUAUUAAAUAUUUGCAUUUAGCUGUUAAGCAAGUUUGGUCCAAAGAAUAAUAAAAAAAAAAGUUUAUUAUAUAAUUGGUAACUUAAAAAUGAUGUACGAUCAUAGUGAAAAGAUAUUAUCUCAUUAAAUAGUUUGCAAUUUAGUGCCUACGCUGUUGCGCAUAUAUCAUUACGAAUAAUAAACACUUAAAAUUUAUUAAGAGAUCAUUCAAAAAAAAAAAAAAACGUCUAUCAAAUAAUUUAUAAAUUUAAUAUAAACCAACAUUUAUUAUUGAUAAUAAUGAAUAAUGAAUAAUAAUAAUUAAAUAUGAUUGUAAUAGAUAAUGAAGAAAGAUGACUAUUAAAGUUGUCACUGUUGUGAUGAUUUUUGGUAAUUAUUGUCUCGGUUUAAAUGUGUCGAAUAGGCUUAGCAAUUAAACAACGCCUAGCGACUGUGCUGUAUUCUGUGAUUCUAUGACGCUAUCAUUAAUAACUAUUUAAAAAACAUAAAUAGUUGAUACAUUAUUACAUUUAUUAUUACUAUUAUAUAAUUAUAACAUUAAUUAUUAUCAUUAAAUACAGAUAUAAUAAUUACUGUCUUACAAUUGAGUUAUCUGAUUGUCAGAAACUCGACUAACGCACGAAUAGAAUAAAAUAAAUGAAAUAAAAUCCUUGAAAAAAAAAAAAUGAAGAAGAAAAAAUAAAAAAAAAAAUAAAACGAUACAUAAAAGAAGACGAAGUACUAUUAAAAUUAAUCAAUAAUUACAUACGUAAAAAAUUACUGUAUAUGAUAAUCAAGAAUUAAUGACGAGUUCUAAGAAUAGAAAACGAAACAUAUUAAUAAUUUCAAUGAUUAACGACUAGCCUGAUUAAGAAGAAAAAUUAGGGGAAGGUUUUAUCUUCAUAAUCAGGAGGCUUGUCGUUAAUUGUUAACGUAAAGUACGAGAAUCGACCACACGAUAGAUAAAUUUAGAAUAACUCCGUUGAUAUGUAAACAUUUACUAACAACGUCUAGUGCAUUUAUUAUCAUCAAUAUAGUUAAUUAUUAUUAUUAGUAAUGAUAAUAAUAAAGAAUUAAUCAUCUCUUCUCGGCUUAGAGCAGAGUGCCCAUGACACUCCCUUUUCUACCUCUUUUUUACUCUCUAUAAAAACUUUCGUAUAUUCGACUGUGCUACGUUUAUUUAUAUUAAUUAUUUAUUGAUAUAUUAUUAUAAUUGUUAUUAUAAAUUAUAAUAAUGCACAGUCUUAUCAUUGUAUCGUUUUAAGGGAACGUAGAGAGUUAUUAGCUUGGCGUGUUUUUUCACUUAUAAAUUUAUAAAGCAAGCUAAAUGUUAUUAAUUAUUGUCAUGUAGAAGCGAGUGACUAAUUACUGAAGGUUAUAUUAGAAGAAGAAAUUAUUGGUCGAUUGGACGAAGGAUAGUCCAGCUUUGGGGAAGUGCUUGGACUAUCUUUCGUUACUAAAUCAGUUUGUCAUCAUUUAAUAGUUUAUUAAAUAAUAUACACUGAAUCGAUAAAACUUAACAAAUCAUCAUUGAAAUCAAAAAUAUUCAUUGAUAAGUUACUAUUAAAUAUGUACGAAUCGCUUAAAUUGUAGCUUAUUUUAUUAUUAAAAUAUCAUUGUUUAUUGUUGCUUGUGUUGUUAUGAGUUUAAUAAAACCAUUUUCUUAUUGUGUCGAA